UCUAGAACUAGCUCCCCAAACAUCUCACCAUCGACGCCAUGGCCGUAUAUGAUGUGAUCCUCUUCGGUGCCACUGGCUUCACCGGUGGCUUGAUGUUGAAGUACCUGGCCUCCAAAACCAGCGUGAAAUAUGCCAUCUGUGGCCGCAACAGGGGCAAGAUGGAGCAAGCCGUGGCAGAGCUCUCCCCCAAGCCGGAGAUUCUGGUGUUGGAUGUGGUGAGCGCUUCAUUGACAGAGGUGAAAGAGGUGGUCAAGCAGACCAAGUGCGUGUGCACCAGCGUUGGACCUUUUCAGGAAUACGGCGAAGCUCUGGUGCAGGCCUGCGCGGAACUAGGGGUGGACUAUACAGAUACCAGCGGCGAAAGCACCUUCAUGAGACAGAUGAUCGAGAAGUACGACGCCGUGGCGCGCCAGAGUGGGGCACGCAUUGCUGUGCAUUGCGGCCAGGACUGCGUGCCCUGGGACCUGAUGGUAUGGAAGUUGUGGCAGCUGAAUGGUAGCGAUCUGAUAGGAGUCAAACUCCUGGGCGAGAUGCGAGGUGUGCCCAGUGGAGGCACCUUGAGUACGGCAAUGCUGAGCAUGCGCACGAAGCCCAGCAAAGGAACUUUGGGCUUCGACCCUCUGUACCUGGCAGAUGGCAAGAAGUCGGAGUUUUUGACCCAGGUCGACCUGCCCAAAGGCAGCCGCUACUACGAGGAAGCGGGCCAGAAGGGUGGACCUUGGAUCAUGGGACCCGUGAUGGCCAACGCUGUGCGACGUACCAAUGCAGUUUUGAAGAUGGUGCCGGAUCUCAAAUACCACGAAGCUAUGCUUGAGAGCAGCGAUUUUGGAUUGUCGACUCUAUCCACCAUGGCUAUGGGCAUUGCUGUUUACCUGCCCUUCACGCAGAGCUUGUGGUACAAGAUGGGCGUCUUGCCCGAACCCGGCAGCGGUCCGAGUGCCGAAGAGAUGGAGAAAGGCUUCCUGACCCUCACGGGAUAUGCGGAGACCAAGAACAAAGAGGCCAAGAUGAAGGCUGUCAUGAAGUUCUACACAGAUCCUGGCUACAAGGACACGGCGCGCAUGUGCGUGGAAGCCGCUUUGGCCCUGGUGGAGCUGCCCAAGUCUCAAAAGGCGGGUGGCGUCUACUCCCCAGCCGCGGCCUGCGGGGAGGGCCUCUUCGACAGGCUGUUGGCGACGGGAACCACCUGGGAGGUCAUCGAGCUCUGAGACCGACAGAUUUGAGG